AUGAUGCAAAACGCCAACACGAAUGUUUCUUCGGGCCUCGCUGCGUCGAAGCCAGUCAGCGACACCGGUUCUCCUGUGUCCGUGAUGCAAGAGGUCAUCCGCGACCUCCUAGACCGUAGCGAAUACCGCUCCCCAAAGAGUGCCACGGACCACGAGCUCCGGCGUGCGCUCACGGAGGAGGUCGUCGAAUGGAAGACGGACGUCGCGCCGGCCUUCCUCACCAAAGCCGUGGACGCGAGCUGCAACUAUGUCGAGACCGUGUAUGGACACACGCCCCCUGCGCACAGGCACUACAUCGCGCUCUACACGGUCUGCAUGCUCUACGCGGACGACCUCGGCGAGCACGACCCCGGCGCGGUCAUGCAGUUCACGCGGCGGUUCGUGCGCGCUGAGCCGCAGCCGCACGCGGUGUUCGAGUGUCUCGCGAGCGUGCUUCGCCGCGCGCACGAGCUGUGGCCGCAAUUUGGGGCAGACUGCAUCAUUACGGGCACGCUGGACGCGCUCGCGGCGAACCAUGUCGAGUGCACGACGCGCGGGAUGGCAGUCAAGCCGCACGCGACGCGCUACCCGACAUACCUGCGCUUGAGGGCGGGGAUCGGCGCGCCGUUUACGCACUUCGUGUUUCCGAACUGCUGGCGCGAGACUCCGGAGUCGUACGUUCAGAUAUUGCCUGAGAUUGACCACUGGACACUCGGCGCAAACGACAUCCUGUCGUUCUACAAGGAAGAGCUUGCCGGGGAGACCAAUAACUACAUCCACCUCCGCGCGGCAGCGGAGCAGACCUCGACCGACGCCGUCCUCCGCCGGCUAGUUGAGGAGGUCACGGACACAGCCCGGAGAGUGGUGAAAAUCGCCGCCGAUGAUGAGGAGCUGUCCAGGAUUUGGAACAGAUACAUGCAGUGCUACCUGGAGUUCCAUCUCAGAACGCCACGCUACCGCCUCGCUGAGCUGGGGUUCAGCGCUUGA